AUGGAACAUCCAACCGAAGCAGCUUCGUUUUCUAAAAUUUCUUUGAAUCAAUUAACUAGAUUUGUUCAUCUCAAACUCAAAGAAGACAACUUCAUUACUUGGAAGAAUUUGAUGAAUCCAGUCAUUCAAAAGUAUAAAUUGCGUCUCUAUGUUGAUGGAUUACAUCCAUGUCCUCCUCAAUUUACAUCAAACCGAAAUAAAGGUAAUGGAAUUGAGAAUCCUCUCUACCUUGACUGGAUUGAUGAACACUCUACAAUCAUUAUGUGGAUACACUCUACGAUUUUCGAUUCUGUUAUUGCAUAUUUUUCAAGAUCCACAACUUCACAUCAUAUAUGGACUAGCAUUGCAGAACGAUUUGCAAGAGCUUCAUCUACUCAUUUGAUUCAACUUCGUACAAAGUUGUUAUCUCUUACUCAAGGCAACAAAUCUAUUCCAUCUUUGAUUAAUGAAAUCAAGUCAUUAUCUGAUCAAUUAGCAGCUGCUGGAGAGGUAAUUUCAUACAAAGAGUUGGUGUUACUUUCAAAGCCUUAA